UCUCUGCUGAACGUAGCCAAUAACAACGACUUCCGCCGGCUGGAGCUAGUGGCGACACUCAGGAUCCCCUUUCAUUUCCGUUUUCAAUCCGACGUCAUCUACAUACUCUGAAAGUCCGUGUGUUUUGUGUUUCAUUUGGGGCCACGAUGAUUAUCGCUAAUUUAACGUUGAAGCUUUUGAAAUUGAAAUUAGGUUUCUUCACAUCUUAAAAAUACUGCGAAAGGCAUACCGACUUCAAGAGUAACAACAACACAUUGCGGGACGCAAAAAUAAUUUAUUAAUCCAAAAAGAUCGCAAAUUAUUACAUCAGGGAAAUAAAAGAAAAACACAAAAACAAACCAAUUUCACUUGCAAUUGGGUAGCAACUAGGGCGUAUUGAAACUAACCAAAAUGGGCAUUCAAGACUUGCAAGCUUUCCUCGAUGGUAAUUGCGUGCAAGGAAGCACUGUAAUGGUGGACCUUUUGAAAACCGGGCGUCUAGUCGGACAACGGCAACGUGGCCGCGUCAUCAAAGGGCAACAGCUUUCCAAUACUACUAAAUUAAGGCUAGUUCUUGAUGGAGAAUGCUGCUUAGAUCGUUUGUACGGUGGAUAUUUCUCAGAUUGGGCCUGUGGCGGACAAUGGAAUCGCAUGCUACAGUUUUUAGCUGUUCUCAUACAGGCAAUGGAAAUGUCGAACUUAGAAUUGGCCGUAUUCUUUAAUGGAUGUUUCGAGUCACCUCGGCGAGCGGAUUGGGUGCAAAAUCAGUUGCAAGUACGCGCUAAAGUCAACAAUGUCUUGAAACAUAUAAUAACUAAAGGCACGCCUCCGCCAAAAAUUUGGUGGACUCCGCCUGUCUGCUUAAGAACCAGCUUACGCAUGGCCCUCAGGCAUUUAAAUGUCAUAGUUCUUUGUAGCAUGGACGACCAUCAUCAGGAGGUGAUCGCCUAUUGUCGUGAAAAUAAUUAUAAUGGACUGAUAGCCGAUGACGCUGAAUAUGCCGCAUUCGAUCCUCCGCGAUAUUUCUCGUCUGAACAGCUGAAGCUCACGUACAAAGGUUCUCUAGAUACGAAAGAAUACAUACUCUCCGAACUCACAAAAGCCCUCAAUAUACCAUCAGACAGACUUUGCAUACUGGCAGCAUUGCUAGGAAAUUACAUAUUAACCGAAAAUGACUUGGCUGAUUUCUACAAGAAACUCAACAUUAGCACUAAUAUCAAUAAGACGAGCGUCGAACAGACGAUCAAAACAAUUGCGAAUUUUGUCAGAGAACUACCGUCCGUGGAGUUGGAUGUAGUCUCGCAAAAAGUCUUCGGUUCCACGUCCGACCCGAGAUGUUCCAAGUUGCGACAGUCUAUACAAUAUUAUUUGAACGGAACGAAGGAGGGGUUUUUGCACUACAAACCUGUGAAACCAACGAAAGUUCAUAAAGUAGACUCCAAACCGAGCGCACAGGUUCAUUCGAAUCAGACGACGGACACGCCGUCAGUCUCGGAAAGCGACUCUAAUCUGGAGACGUCGCGGUUUGCAUCCGAAACUCUGGAGAGUGAGCGCGAGAGUUUGAACGCGUACAAGCAGGCGACGGCCAACGCAAAGUCAGCGCCGCAAAUCGUGAUCGACCCACCUGGUAUUCAAGGCCAUGGAGACGCCGAUCCUAUACGCACGGAAGAAGAACAAAGCAACGGCCACGCCAUUAACGGCACUCACAAUCUUCUAAUCAGCUCGUCGAGCUCAAGCAGUAGCUCUUCUGCCACAUCGCCGUCUCACGCAACUGCCGAUUCCGCCAAACAUUCGGAGAAGACGAGUAGUGUCCCCACUACUGUGCCGGAAGUGAUGCGCACUGCCUCGGAACGCCAUCAGAAGGGACUGAUGUCGCCACACAUCUAUCAGAUCCUCAUUGCUGGAGAAAUCAAACUACCGGUUUUGCUGGAAGAUGAGAAUCACCGUGAAUUUCCCUCCAUUCAUCUGAUUUAUAGACCUAUUCGACAAAUGGUGUAUGCGAUUCUGUUCAAUCUUCACCAUCGGAUGUAUCUGGCCACAAAGAGUAAAGAGAAGGGUGAUAGCGAAAAGGUUGAAGUGCCAGAUGUUAUAAUCAAAGAAUGGGUUUGGUCCAAGUCCAAUCCGUAUCAAACACCUGAAUUAGUGAAAGCAGAGCAGAUCGGUUGGGGUGUACCUACGAUUCAACGUUUAUGGUUUGGCACAGUUAUUGACGACAAACGGCGGAGGCUCAGAGGAUUUCUAACAUGCAUGAGAUCAGAUACACCUCUCAUGUUAAAUACCUCAUAUGUUCCGCAACAUCUGUUGGUUAUGGCAUGUGUUUUAAGAUACAUCAUGUCUUUUUCUGAUAAAAUAAAAAUCUUACGACGCCAAGAACUGGACGCCUUUAUCGCGCAGGCCUUCUCGCCAGAACUUAUGAACGCUCAGUACUUACAGGAUUUACAGCUUCCACUGGUUACUUCACGUGGUGUGCAAUUGGCCACGUUAUUUAUGGCUGGUGUAGAAACCGCGUUGUUGGCGAACGACGCUUGCGGCGCACCGAUUCCCUGGUUAAUGUGCUGUCCUUGGCUCUACUUCGACGGAAAGCUGUUUCAUCACACCCUGGCUCGUGCUACCAUUGCCAAAAAUUUACUGGAACUCUGUAGCGGACACAUAGAUCGUGUGGUGAAGGUCGAGAGAAUGCGAAAAGCGAUACUAGAAGGAGUUACCGUUAUGUUCGCACGCCCACCUUUACCAGUCGCUCCAGGUAUCCGUGUAUCUGUUCCUUCAAAUAUUCUGCCCGCCGGCUGUCCCAUCAACGACGGGCUGAUGCGUGGUCGCGGUGGCGGCGCGAUGCCACAACGUGGUUUAAUGCGACGUCCGAUUCCGUCUCGCGGUGGUCAAUUGGAGAUCGCCGGUGUCGUCGUGGGCCAGUGGGGUCCGAAUUAUGGACAGCCCGGCCGCUUGCCACAACCCCUACAAGGACAUCCCCGUGGACGUAUUCCACCCCAGGUAACUUCAAUCGGUGGGCUUAAGUACAGUCUUCCUCGUGGCUUCAAUCCGAUGGGUCGACCGACGUUUCACACACGCGGAAACAACCGCGCUCCAAUCGCCGGACGCGGCAAAAAGACGCAGUUGAAGGCGACCGGCAAGAAGAAAACCACUAUCAAGAAAACUAAAGAAAUUGAAAAAAAAGACAACAGCAGAGGCCGCGGUAUCAAUGUCGACGGAAUUACCGAUUAUAACGAGACAGUUUCGAAUGUGAACUCGACGAAGGAGGUGCUGCCGGUGCCAGGUCAAUUUGACGACGCGACGGAAAACGGCAAGAGCGUGGAGAAAGGUCAGGGCGAUGCGCCGCUCGCCACUCCAGUCGCCACAGAAAAUUAAGUAUCUAUAAAAACGGAGAAAUUCUCCGUCGACUAAUCACUCCCGGAUGUGACUCAAGACUGCAAAACAAAUCUACUUAUAUGUUCUGAGCGAUUGUGCACUGGUAACAUUCGAGAAUAUACGUCGUUAGGAUGAUUGUUACGUCGAAUGAGAAAAUUUAGUAAUGUUGCUAAAGUUUACUUUUCGGAUAAAGUUUUACUGUACGUUGCGGUUCUUCGGACAAUAUCUUCUAAUUCGAGAGAUUUUGACAAAUCUGGAGUAGGCAAUAGUACAAUGACUUGCGAGUAUCUUUUUUUUCUUUUUUGUCAAAAUUGAACGUAAAAGAAAAAUUGAAAAAAAGAUGCUGUAAGAAUAUAUAUUAUUUUGUACAGCAUAUACAGGGUCAGUCACCUAAAUUCUAGUCGUUAGAUUCUAAAGUAUCUCUGUUGCUUUUUUUUAUAUUAGAGGAAGAUGUUUAGGCCGUAGAGAAUAAAUUGUAUAAUUGGAAAGGAUAAAUAUUGUGAUUAGCCAAACUUUUUUUCCAAGUGUACACAAUUUAUUUCUUACACAUUUUCUUAUGAUAGAAAAAUCAACAGGGAUAUUUCCAAUGUUAGAGAUAGAAUCCAACAUUAGAUGACUCUCCUUGCAUAUUGUAUAUAAAAUAGCAUAUAUACAUGUAUGUAUAUAAAAUAUACAUAUAUGUAUUCAACGUAUCGCAAUUAUCUUUUGAAUUGAGCUUACAUUAUUUUGUGGAAGCUGUACGUUACAACUAAAUGUUACGUGCGCAAUAACUCGAUAUGUCUAAAGCUCUGAUGGGGCCAAAAUGUUGAACUAAUAAUAGGAGACAGGAAAUCUUUAUUCACGGUGUCCAUGCCACGAGGUUAUUUUAAUGCGUGGCAUGUGGUACAAAGAUUUUACCCGUUCUUGACAUGUCCUCACUGCCAAAACGUACCACUCUGUAUAAGAUAGGAAAGACAGACAAAGAAAUAAAUCGUGCUUGUGCUAACGAGCUAAUUUCGCUCGCAUUACCAUGGAAUGGAACUCGACUGAUUAGUGUAUGCGUGCGCUAAUUUUACUACUCAGAACAAGUCGUCAGCUGCUAUAAGUAUUUAAUUCUUAAGAAGUGUGAUUAUUUUUUUUACACGAAAAUAUAUAUUUUCCGGUAUUAUAUGAAAUGCUCGCUGCGACAGUCUCAGUGCUCCGGUCUGAACGUGAAGAAAGUAGCUUGAUACACGCUAAAACACGUACAUACACAUACACAAACUGAUUCACUCAUUCACACACACAGACACAUUCAUACGCGCACACAAACUGUAAUAGGAUAGCACUUACUGAUUUUUGUAGAUAAGGAAGAACUCAGAUGGAGCACUGAGACAUUCAUCAGCACAUGGAGACUGAUGCUCUCUUUUUUCAUAUAGGUAAAAUAUAUAUUUAUAUAUACAUAUGAUUUAGAUAUUAGAGUUCCCAUAUAGUAUAUUAUACGUAAGUUGUGCCUGUGUAUUGUGCGUGAGUGAGUACUUAUGGGUACGCCAGAGAAUUUGUGAAUAUUGUAGCGUGUGUUACAUCGAGCGAGAGAGACGGUGAGAAAGUGAUGUAUAUAAAGUACGGGAUGUUAUGUCGUUGCCGACGCUUGUACAUACGGGGUACUGCGGGCAACGUAUGCAUUCGUCGUGUGUACAUGCGUGCACGCAAUCUAGGUCAUAUAUUUAUUUGCUGUUGUGUUGAAGAGAGAGCCGUGAGUGAAUGAACUUGAAUUAAAUUUGAAGUUUUUAGGUACGAUAACGUUUCUAACAACUACAGACUUGAGGCUUAUCGCGAGGGUGCCCGUGCGGGCGUAUAUAAGGAUGAUGAUUGUUGAUGCCACUCUCAUGAUACGCCUCAUAAUUGUUUAGCAAAUAUGCUACAUCACGGCACACGUGAAAACAUUCGUCCAGAACCGACGAAUCGUACGUUUUAUGUUGAAAUGUGUUCGUCCAGUUUCCAUAGUUUGCCGUUUGUCUCACGUACACGUAUGCUUGUUCGUGCUUAUAUUUCGAGAUGGAUAUAUCGAUGAUACAUUGACUUACGUGAGAGAAUUAAAGUGUUAGAUGAAAAAAUUGUUUUAAAGAGAAAUUCAAUUAUAUAUCAGAUUGGUUGCUCCAAAGAGAAGACGCGUGUUCUGUAUGUGUGUGCACGAAUGCACGUGCGCGCGCCUUUUGUAGCAUAUUUCGAAAUAUAAUCCCUUUAAUUGUACAUAUAAACAGUUACUUUAGAGAAGUGAUAGUGUGAUGGCUAUAUGGUGUACAUACAGAAUCCAGAUGCGCGUGUUAAUCGCGCACCGGGACUAGGAAAUGAUUAUGUUAAAUAUCUACUAUUUAUGAGUAGAAUAGUCUAAAAGACUUUCUACCAAAGAUCAUCGGAGUUUAAGAGCAAGUUCUUUUAUCGAUAGAAGUUCCAGUGAACACCAACUAACGAUAACGUUAUAUCAUUAUUAUGUAAUUUCUCAAUCAAUAGUGUAAAUGCGAUAUAACGUGCGCUGUAUUUAUAACAAUUACAUCGCUGAAUGGGAAAUUACAACAUUGAGGUAACGUUACUAUCAGUUAGUGUUUGUAACUGGAACGAUAUAUAAAACAGCGAAAUGGAAAGAGCAAGACAGCACGACAGAACACGAUUAUUAAAGUAAGUAACGAGGGUGAGGAUGCAAAGACAUGUGUGCGUCUAAGUGCACGGAGGUACUUUAAAACGAGUAAAAGAAGAAAAACCAUUUAUCGAGAAUAGUAUAAAAGAGAGAUGAUAAGAUAAAAUGUUAUAUUUUUGUAGAUUUGUUAUUGCGUAAAAUGCAUUAGGACAAUGAGAAACUUUAUAUAAUUUGAGUAAAAUGACAGUUAACGAGCCUGUGAGGGUUAAACGGAUGAGAUCCUGUGAGAGGAUAAAUGGGAAGGAAAAAUGACAGAGAAGGCAAGAAAGAGAAAGAAAAGAAGAAAAAGAAAAGGCAACGGAAAGAAGAAAGUGCUUUGGGAACGGGGAUGUUAUAAAGAAAUGACAUCCGCGGGGAAAUUUUGCUGAAAAAAAUGAAAGAAAAAGAAAAAAACGAAUCCCACGUUCUCCUACGUUUCCGAAGCUCUCAGUUUCCUGAGUUGCUUGUAGGAACAGGAUUAUAAAAGGACAUACACAUACAUCACAUACACACAUAUACACAUCAUAUAUAUAAAUAUAUAUACAUGUAUACAUAUACGAAUAACUGAAAUGAAUCGUAACUAUGUAAAGUCAGCUUCAACGUGCGCCGAGCAUAUGUGGAAAUGAUUUGACUCGUCACGUUUUAUGCGAUACGUGCGCGGACAUUUAUUUCGAGUUUGCAUCAGCCACGUCUCACAUAUGCAAUAUUAUUUGGAUGUGUAUCGUUCAAUAUCAUUCGAGUCUCAUCACUUAACGAUUAGCGUGCGUUACCUCGCAAGUACGUUACAAAUAUGGUCGGUACGGAAGUAUUUCUUUACGCAAUGAGGCAAAUGAAAGAACUUAAAUUUCGAAAAUCGACAAGUCAACUGUGCUCUGAACGCGACAUCCACACACACACGCACACAUAUAUGUAAACAUACACAUAUACAUACAGCACUAGAAGCCGACUUUCUGAAUCUGACGAAUACUAAUGAUGAAUUUGAGAGUAAAAUGCCACUUUACGCUUUUACGUAAAGAUAGAUGAUUUUCUUUCUGAGAAAUCGAACUCUUGAUAUAUACCGGAUACAAAAUGUAAGGACACAAAUAUACGAUGUUAUGCAACGCGAUCAGUCGCUACUGCGCUGAUGUGAGUAAUGAAAUAACGUGAAAUAAUUUAUUGUAAACGCGCGAAGCGUAUAAUGCCAAAAGGUAUAAAAAAGGGAAAUCACACAUUGAAUACAGCAGAUGCAGAAACGUUGAAAAUAAAUAUAAUAUUGAAACUCGCAUAAAAAACACGAAUGACGUGAAAAAAAGAAACAGGCGCGUACGACAUGCGUGCCUGCUUUUCGUUGUAAUAAGUAGAGAGAGAGAGAGAAAGAGAGAGAGAGAGAGAGAGAGAGAGAGAGAGAGAGAGAAAUGGGGAGAAAGAAAGAGAGUGAGAGAGAGAACGAGAUAGAAAGAAAGAGGGGCCCACGAAACUCGUCUAUGAUACCGACAUACCAUUAAAAAGACACGAGUAAUCUAUUGUAUUUAUAAAGUAACGAUCUAUAAUGACAUUUGAAGCAUUGUGUGUUGUGAUAACGGAAAAAAAAAUUAAUUAUACACCGAGUAAUAAUACUAACUCUCGAUAAUCUUUGUGCCGGAGCGGCAGGCGCUUUAACGAGGAAAUGAUUAUUAAAAUGAGUCGCGCGAAAAAGGGAUCGGGUGUCCUCGCGAUAUCUGAUCCGCGCCUCUCUCUCGCGUUGCGCGAGUAGAAGUUGUUCGUAAUUAACGCGCUCGACUUUUCCGAAUGGCUGUUCUCAUUUUAUUUCGAUCACCGAUGCUCCUUCAGCACAGAAUAUUAUGAUGCAGCCAUCUCAGCUAGACUCUCUAAUUAACGCCUUAAACGUAAUUCGUAUAAUGUAGUUUGUAUCCUUUCAUUUCGAGAGACGAGAGAGAUUUUUUCGCUAUACGUUAUCCGCUCUCAUCUCUUUUUCGUUUUCGUGCCGCGUAGAGAGCCACUUAGGUCGUCUUGCAAAAAUCGAGAAAAGAACAAAAAAAAGAAAGAAGAGAACAAAGAGACGAGAUCAUUUAAUUUCAAUAACUUGUUUUAAAUGAUUCCUCCCCCCCAAAAAAAAGGAAUAUGUAUAUUACGUUUCACGUAUGUUUUAGAUAUGCACGAUGCCUGGACAUCGUGCAUUUCGUGUUUCUCUUAUUAUUUUUAACUUGCUGUAGCCUUGUACGAGAUAUAGAGUUGCGAAUUUUCAUAGUGAUCCGGACAUAAGAGUAAUAAUAACGAUAAAUAACCAACCUGAGUUGCUAUAUGUACGCUCGACGUUUUAAAUUUUAAGUUUUUCCUUACCGUAGUUUUGCUUAAUAUACGUAAAGUACGAGAAUAUACUAAAAAAAUAAAAAAUAAAAAAAUACGAUAGCGAACGCAAAUAUAAUCUAAUAAAGUAAAAAGAACAAAAAAAAAAAAUGAUUAAACACUUAUCGAUGUAGCUGAAAAUGAAAACGCAUGUGGGCCCCGCGCGAAGACACACCUUAUAUAUUAUUAAAUAUUACAUAAAUAUAACGUAUAUUCUGCUAUUAUUUUUCAUAGCUGAGAGAAGGAAAAAAAAUGAUACACGCAUACGCGCGGUAAUAAAUGUAUGUUUGAUAAUCAUUAUAGUAUGUUUAUUUUUCGUGUUUUUAUUUUCUCUUUCCUAUACAUUAAAGAAUAAAAAGAAAUAAAGGGAGCUAAUAUAAUGAUCGCGAAAGCGCAUAAAAUGAUGCAUAGAAAGAGAGAGAGAGAGAAAAGCGCUACACCACUUUGUGUAUUUGCGAGAUAAAGGGAAUGCCCUUCGAAAACUUUGUAUCUGAAAUAAUUGUACUAUCCGGAAUAUCACACUCGCAGUUUCCGGCUUACGAAGGGAAAGGAAAGACGGGGAUAAAGGGGGAGAGAGAGAGAGAGAGAGAGAGAGAGAGAGAGAGAGAGAGAGAGCAAAGGGGAGACGAAACGUUUGUUAAUCCGACUAAAAAAUUGUACAUGCGCUAAGCUAUUAUUGAUAAUCAUAUAAUUUGACCUCGAUGGGUUGGCCUGUGGUCAGUAAUACGUUGUAAUACCGCGGUGCGCAAACCGUUUCGAAUCACUUUUCCAGAUAGAUUUCAGAGCAACUCACUGUUCACUGUAUUAUCGGACGACUGUAAAAAGAAAAAAAAAAAAGCCGAAACAGAUCGUUUGUCGUAACGAGCAAAGAGAGAAAAGAGAGCAAGAAAAGUCCCGUCGCUCUCCGCGAGCGAUUUCUCUCGGGACGGCGGAAAACGUGCGCGCCGGGAAGGAUUACACCUAUUAUUAUGUAACUUAUAUAUACACUGAUCGUAAAUAGUAAUGAGCCGGCAAUCACAGCCGGCGUAUCUCGGAGUAGAAUUCGUAGACGAGAUCGUCAAAUCGUUCACACGCAGCCGACCCAUUCCCGGUCCUCGCAUUUAUAUAAACGCAGUCACACACACAUUGAUGUAUUCUUGUUGGAUUAUUAUACCAUUGUAACACUUA